CUUCCCUCUGUCUCGCCCUGCCUUCAUUGGAUCCUGCUCUUUUGAACUGAUCAGCACAGACAACUGUAGCCACCCACCUCUAGGAGGAAAACUGAGCUGCAGCCCUCGUGAAACAUAAAGUUUAUUUGACUAAAGUGACGCAAAAAUUCUUAAAGAGCUCUUUGGCAGCACAUUAUCUGGAAAUCAGACCAUGUGAGGGGGAUUGGUGUACAAAAACCUCCCCAAGAUGCUGAGUUGCCCACAGGCUGAGUGCCGGAGACUCUGAAGUAAAUGUGGGUGAAGGUUACUCGAGCUUGGAUAACUCCAAGGAAAACACUUCAAACCCAUCCGAAAGACAGAUAUUUAGCCUUAUCUGGGAGUACAUGAGUUAACAGGAGGGAGCUCACUACUUGUGCCAUUCUUACUUUGAUGGUGUUUGUGCCUUGAAUCUGAUGGAUUUAAAUAUGGAAAAGGAAUUCUAAAAGCCUGGGAAUACACUGGGAAGAAAAGCUUGGGAAGACAAGCUUCAACAGGACUCUGCUGCUGUCUGCAAGUGAUCAGAACAAAUCUCAGUAAAAAUGGAAAAAAAGGCAACAAGAAAUGAGACUGAGCCUCUGACUUCCAAGACAGAAGUCUCAGACUGUAAGGAAGAAGAAGAUUGUAAAGAGAAUGGACUUCUGGUCAAGAACCCUAAAUCUGCCCUACGGCUAGUGGAGGAUGGCAGUAAAGUCCAUCCCAGACAGGGAGAUAAAGGGGAGGCAGCUCAGAUCUCAAAUGGUUAUUCAGGGGGUCAGAGCUCUGUUCCCUGCAACGGCAUGGGAGAGGUGGAAGAUGCCCAGAGCACCGCCCCAGCAGCCACAACCACCACUACAACCACUACUUCCACCACCUGUGGAGCAGAAGGCCAGCAGCAGCUGAUGGAGCUGGAAGACAGAGAGACCUGGAGUAAAAAAGUGGACUUUCUACUCUCUGUUAUUGGAUAUGCAGUGGAUCUGGGAAAUGUGUGGAGAUUUCCUUAUAUAUGCUACCAAAACGGAGGAGGAGCAUUCCUCAUUCCUUACACAAUUAUGGCCAUCUUUGGAGGGAUUCCUCUCUUCUAUAUGGAACUAGCACUAGGACAGUACCACAGGAAUGGGUGUAUUUCAAUUUGGAGAAAAAUAUGUCCUAUAUUCAAAGGAAUUGGCUUUGCCAUCUGUAUAAUAGAUCUUUACGUAGCCUCCUAUUACAACACCAUUAUGGCCUGGGCCUUUUACUACCUCGUAUCCUCCUUCACGGCGGAGCUGCCAUGGACUAGCUGCACAAAUGCUUGGAACACAGGCAACUGCACUAACUACUUCAGCAAGGACAAUGUCAGCUGGUCCCUGCACUCCAUCUCUCCUGCAGAAGAAUUUUAUACACGCCAAGUUCUACAGAUACACAGGUCCAAUGGGCUGGAUGACCUGGGGGGCAUUAGCUGGCAACUGACCAUCUGUUUAUUAUUAAUCUUCACCAUUGUAUACUUCAGUAUCUGGAAAGGAGUCAAAACAUCUGGCAAGGUGGUAUGGGUGACUGCCACGUUCCCUUACAUCAUACUCUUUAUCCUGCUAGUGAGAGGUGCAACUUUGCCUGGGGCUUGGAGAGGUGUUCUCUACUACCUGAAACCUGACUGGCAGAAACUCCUGGCUACUGAGGUUUGGGUGGAUGCCGCAGCUCAGAUUUUCUUCUCCCUUGGUCCAGGUUUUGGGGUCCUGUUGGCUUAUGCCAGCUACAACAAAUUCCAUAACAACUGCUACCAAGAUGCUCUGAUUACCAGUACCGUGAACUGCAUGACUAGUUUUGUGUCUGGAUUUGUCAUUUUCACUGUGCUGGGAUACAUGGCAGAGAUGAGGAAUGAAGAUGUAUCUGAGGUUGCCAAAGACACAGGACCCAGCCUUCUCUUUAUUACAUAUGCUGAGGCCAUUGCAAACAUGCCUGCUUCCACUUUCUUUGCAAUCAUCUUCUUCCUGAUGUUACUCACACUGGGAUUAGACAGCACGUUUGCAGGACUAGAGGGAGUGAUUACUGGAGUACUGGAUGAAUUCCCACAUGUCUGGAGCAAACGCAGGGAAUUGUUUGUCCUUGGUCUGAUCAUCAUUUGCUUUUUAGGGUCAUUAGCAACCCUGACAUUUGGAGGAGCGUAUGUGGUAAAACUGUUUGAAGAAUACGCCACUGGCCCAGCUGUCCUGACCGUCGUGUUUCUGGAAGCAGUUGCUGUAGCCUGGUUCUACGGCAUCACCCAGUUCUGCAAGGAUGUGAAAGAAAUGCUAGGCUUUACCCCAGGCUGGUACUGGCGAGUUUGCUGGGUAGCAAUUAGUCCCAUCUUCCUUCUGUUCAUCACUUGCAGCUUUCUGUCCAACCCUCCUGAGCUACGGCUUUUUGAUUAUAGCUAUCCCUACUGGACUACAGUAGUGGGUUAUUGCAUAGGAACCUCUUCUAUCAUCUUCAUUCCAAUCUACAUGGUUUAUCGGCUGAUUGUCACUCCAGGAACACUGAAGGAGCGUAUUCUGAAAAGCAUCACUCCAGAAACAGCUACAGAGAUUCCUUUUGGAGACAUCCGCAUGAAUGCGGUAUAGGCUAAUCUGUUUCCUGGGGAGAGGAGAGCAUCAAAUGUACCUUUCCUCAUACUCUCCCAACCAAAAAAAUAAGUUUCCAGCUGAGACAACAAGUGGAGGAGUUUCUGUGGAGGUUGUGUCAUGGACAACGGGCAUUUGGCAACAUGAUGCCUCCAGCACAUUAACCCAAGCAAUUCAAUGAAAUCUACAGUGCACUUCCAACCAGACUGAACUGAGAAUGAAUUCAUUCUGGAAACACGAGGAUGUCUGUGUGCUUGAGAAUACUGCACGUGUGGGCACAGGGGCUGUUGGACAGUGUGCCUGCCUGCAUUUGCCACUCUAGGAUGAGGAUCAGUGGGUAGGAAUAGGUGUAGAACCCCGAGUCUGUGGCAGUACUCCUUUAUCUUCCUCAAUGUGAUUGUUCGUACUGGGCAAUGUCGUAUUUGCUUCUAAGGUUCUAACUGCUUCCGCUGCAUUGAAAAAUACAAACCAUUUCUGAUAGCCAUACAUUACUCAAGUAACACAGAGUUUUAUAAAUGUGAAAAAACAAUAGUGAAUUCCCUGCAUUUGCAGCAGAGUAGAGAGGAAGAGGAAACAAUCCUGAGCAGCACUAUAUACAGCUCUGCGUACAUUAGCACCCGCUUUUGGUACCAUUAUCCUCCUUUUCCUUUCCUGCAUUUUGUAGAUGGCAACAGUUUCUAUUGUUUUCUGCACAACAAAUACUACAAAAACAUUUUUUGUAACGUAGGCUUCACCUUCCUUUAGACUUAUUCAAGCCACAAAAGCUUGUCACAGGUUACUUGACAAGCAUCUAAGUUGCUAGCACUUACUAUGCUGUUUUUGUAACUAAGCUAUUUACAAAAUGAGACAGACAGACCUGACGUGUCAGAGACCUAACACACCCACAGAAACUACAAACCAAUAUUUUGAGUUCAGGUGCCAAAAAGUGGAACCUUAAAUAUCCACAUCUCUGCUUUGCUUUUCUUUCUUUUUCUAAUUUAAUUUCAAACUUCUGGCUUUUUCUAUACUUUCCUGGAGAACUAAAGUUUAGAACAAUCCUUUUGGCUGUUGGACAAAAGUAUGCUUUACAAACUAUAUAAACCUACUUUGAGACUUUAUCUGCUCCUCUUCUAAUGGGAAUGCAUUAGGUUUUCACUCUUUUUAACAAGAAUUACAGUUCAGCAGGAUUGAUUUGUCUGUAUUAAAUUCUGAGGCACUGAUAUGCUAAUUAACUCCCAUGCACAUAUUAACCUUUUUCUAUCAUAUGCACACACAUACUCUCCAAAUGCAUCUGCCCUUCAGGCUGACUGCAGUUGCCAGGUCAGCUGGAGGACAAUAGUCCUGCUGCAGUUAUGUGGAAGUUUAGGUGAACCUAAAUAGGCAUCAUUUAUGUAAAAACAUGCAUUGUAUUUUUAUUCUAUCACAUAGAUUAUAACAAAAGUAAAAUAAAACAGAAGAUAAAAGUCUCUUUUGUAUCUCACUGUCUACUUCGGUAGUGUACUGCUAAAAUUAACAAGGUUAUAUAUGCAUCCAUAGCAGCAGGCAGUAAGAAAUCUACUGAAGAGUUUACACAGGUUUGAAGAACUUGCACCAUCACUGCUUUCCUCUAAUGUAUUAUUUGUCUUUUGAAAACAUUUUCAUCACUUCCACCAAGGUUAUUUUCCUUAGGUGUGCAGACACCUCCUGGAGAAACACCUCUUACACCUCAGCUAUUGUCUUUGAGUUCACUUUAGGCCUCAAGCCCAACUUCCAAUAAGGAAAUAACUUAAAGGGAUAAGGACUGUUCUUCCAGAACUACAAACAGAAGUUAUUUUCUUACUGGAAGUUGAACUUGAGACCUAAAGUAUUUCAAGGGACAAGGAUUGCCACCAGAAAAACAGAAUAAACAGUUACUCAUAAGAAAUAGUUCUGUAGCUUAUUCCUCAAGUAAAACUACUUCCAAAACUGGCUUCAUUGAAAGGAAAACAGGAAUAGUUUGGGAAUUAUUUUAACAUGAGUCAGCCUUUUAGUUACUAAGUUACCAAUCACAAAACCAUCAAUUUUUUAAACUUAAUUUUGGUUAGUUCAUUAAUUGAAAAAGUACAAAGGAAACGUCAAUGUAAGAUGAACAAGGUGCCUCUAUGUAUCAAAGUCUGGGAAAUGAAUGUUUUCACUCUAUAAAAGCUGAACUUGCAAGGCAGUUUAGUCCUCAUUAUUCUUUUAUUACACAGCAUACUGAUUUGAAGGUUUCCAAAUCUUCUUAUGAUGAGUUCAUUUUUUAUUAUCUCUGCUUUAGCUGAGUGGUUAAAACAUUGAGAAAUUGAUUUCACUCAUUUUUAUCAUUGAUUCUUUUUUUCUUCCUUUUGCAAAGCCAUAAGGAGACAUUUAAAGUAACCAGUAUUUAUCAGAUAGCUCAAGUAGCCAUACAUUAAAACAUUGUACAAAAACUAGUUAUAUUGAUACCAAAUGGGCUGCACUGCAAUUACAAGUGUUUUGAGGCAAAGAGAUUGCUUCUCUUCAGCUCACUUCUGCUUAUCUAUUACAUGAGUAUAUCCUACCCUCUGUUCUUAACAAUGAAAAGGACGUUAUGAAACUGGUAAGUUAAGACCAUGUUUGCCUUUUAAACAAAGAGAAUUAAACUGGAGUUUUAGCUGUACAGAACUAAGUAUUCCCUCCAACUUGUACAUGAUGCACCUCUAUUAAUUUAUGCAUCUGUUUAGUUACAAGUGUUGCAAGCUGAUUGUAAGUCAUCAGUAUGUGCCUUGUACUGUAAACUGUUAUUGUAAUAAAUUUAAUACUC